UUCUUGGUCACCGAAUUGCAGUUUGAUAAUAUUAAAUAAAAUGGAGUUGAAAACACUGGCUGAAGGUCGUCAAGAGGCUGAUUUAGAUAUAUUAGAGGAAGAAGUCAGUCAGAGAUUUAUCCAGAUCUCCGAAGAUAACAGUGCUUUGUGAUCGUUCAAUGUGGUUCAAGAUGUUGAUGGGUCAGUGGUGCUAGUACCAGAUCAGACGGAGAAGAGUAAUGAAAAUGUUAAGGGGAUUAUACUUAUGUUGAUAGCUGGGGUUAAUUUCACCAUGGCUUCUAUUACCUGCAAAAUGGUGUAUGCAAGAAAUGAUUAUCUGAAUGGAAUCGACUACCUUCUGGUAAGAUCAAUAAUCCAUGUCAGUAUAUCCUCCAUGCAGAUAUUGUAUGCCAAAGUAAAUAUUUUUGAUGUCAAGAAAGAGCUAAGAUUAGUACUGAUUCUCAGAAGUACUAUUGGUGUAUGAGGAAUGCCUUGUUACUUCAUCGCAAUCAAAUACAUUCCUCUUAGUCUAGGCACACUAAUUUUUAACAUUAAUCCUCUAAUAGUCGGGAUUCUUUCAUAUCUUAUCUUGAAAGAAAAUAUCACAUGGCUUAAAGUUAUCGCUCUUGUUGGAGCGUUUACUGGUAUUUUCAUCCUGACUUUUCAUAAAGAUGAGGAUUACCAAGCAGGGCAAUUUUAUAUGCUCGGGCUAAUAUUGGUAGGAAUUAACUGUUGUACUGCAGCUGCUAAUUCCUUAACAUUAAGAGCACUGAAUAAGCAGAUUCAUUAUUUAUUGAGCCCUUUCUGGUUUUUCUGCACCUCAUUAUUACUUGCUCUUGUGAUACUUGCUGUAUACCCUUCGGCCUACCAUUUCUCCAAAUUUACAAUCCCAGACUUGACUAUCUUCCUCUUAUCUGCAUUAUUCACUUACGGAGGCCAAAUAUUAUCCUCAAAAUCCUUAAAAUACGCUGAAGCUUCGCUAAUAACCCCUCUACAGUACUUAAACAUUCUCUACUUCCUUAUCACAGACAUUGUUGUCUUCCACUCCAAGUUCACAGUAACGGACGCUACAGGAGGAGCACUGAUCCUCAUCAGCCUGAUGGCACCUGUAUGUCAGAGCUUCUACUCUAAAUAUUGGGCAGUAUAAUUAAGAGACUUGAAUGCUUAUUUUUGGGGC